UCAGGUUGUUUUCUUCCCCCACUCUAAACCAAUAUUCCCUGAAACAGAUACUUGGGCAGCACAGAAUGGAGACGGCAUACCUCAAAAAAUGCCUGGGGAAAUGUUUAGCAGAGGGUCUUGCUGAGGUUGCAGAACAUCGGCCAACAGACCCAAUCCUGUAUUUGGCACACUGGAUCUACAAAUAUAAGAAGAAUAUGAUUGAAGAACUACAGAGGAAACUCGAGAGAGAAGAACUGGAACGAGAGCGUGAGGAGGCACAAAAGCAAGUGGAAAUGUUAGCAAAAAUGAAAGAAGAAGAACUUUUGUUCCAGCAGAAGCUUGAAGAAGAGAGACAGGCACAAAUGGAACGAGAACGUGAAGAACGGGAGAGGGCAGAGAGAGAGAGAGCAGAAGAACUUCUGCGGGAGCAGAAACGACUAGAAGAAGCAGAGGCAAAGGCAGCGGCAGAAAGAGAAGCGACUGCAAAGACUUUAGCAGAGCUGACAGAUAAAUAUGGCGCUCCCAAGCUGAGUCGAGUUGAUGAGAUCGAUGAAAUGGAGCAAUCUGAACAUGCCCUGACUGCUAUAACCGAGUCUGAGGAUGAAGAGGAAGAGGUUCCCUUCUGAUAAAUAAAGAUCUUUUCAUCUGCUGCUUUGAUUCAAGGCUCACUGCAAACACGGAGGAUCCAC